AGAGCUCGGGGAUUGAUAUACACAACCUUGAAGGCAGGAGAGGUUCAGCGCAGCAAAAAAUGUGCGAAAGUUCAUGCCCCUGACAUUAGACACGCGCACAUGGUGAAUUGCGCCACCCGUUUGAAAAUUUUACAAGGCUGUGAUGUGGAUGUGGAUUCCUGCACUCUUCAAACCACAAGAUGAUUUUCUUAUUGGCAUUGUUCAGCUUGCCACACCUCUCUACAGCACUCAAAGCGGUCGGCCCAGUCCUCCAUCCAUUUCCAAGCAACAAGAAGAUCUGGUAUUAUACUGACCAAACUGAGUUGCGGUUGGACUCGUAUGGAAGCGGAUAUUUUGGAAUGUCAUGUCAGUUUGGGGGGCUAGUAGGAAACUACUGCAAAUGUAUUUCUAUGACACUUUCAUCGAGCCAGACAUCAGGGAUCCAUUGAACGUCACAAGUUGCUGGUUGGCAAAACCGGAUCCCAACAAUAAUGUGUGGAAAUACACGCAGACGGAUGAAGAAAUCAAGACAACCAAUUCUAAGACAACGCACACCAAUAAGGGCGAGAUUCUCUGUUGUGGCACUCUCAUCGACUACCGACCAACCGGAAUGUUGCCAGGACCAGAAACUUCGGGGCUGGGAUGGAACUUGUGUAAGUUUGGGAACGCAACUGAUCGACACGGAUAUACAGUUUCUUCUUGUCAGAAGUAUGAGCUUGAACAGAAAGAUCCACGCCCUGCAACUUGGCACUUUGUUGGAGCACCUUUCAAAUCUGGAGUUUCUGAGCAGUACGAGAUCUUUUUUGUGGAAUACGACAAACAGGCAAAGCGUCCAAUGCUGUCCAGUAUGAUCACAACUGAAAGUCUCACGUACACCCUCCAACCCAAAAACGAUUCCGCGAUGCAUUUCUGGCUAGCCAAACCAAAGCAGAGCGACAAUUUUCCAGCAUCAUGGCUGACCAACGGAUAUGCUCUCAUUGGCGGCAAAUUGAUUGACAUGAAACCGGUUGACCAUUUACCUCCUCCAAACACAUAUUUUCGAGACGAUAGUAUCGAAGAGCACGAAGGUCAGGAAAUUGGCAAUUUGUGUUUCUUUGCAUUGGAUAGCUCUAUCGAGGGUAUGCGCGAUCGCUGGCGCCGGGAGUUCCGAAGAUACCGCAUUGCCGACCUAUUCGUCGAAGGAAUUUGUCGUGAGGUGCGCAAGGGAGAAAUCCAGUUUUCAGGGCCUUGACGUUUACAAUGACUUUCUUGUUUUAUCUUCAAACGUAUAGCUAUCCACAUUGAAACCUUCACCUAUGUCACAAUCACGUCUUUGGGAGGCAAUGUAAUGACCGAGCAGAUUUGAUCACCUUAGCCCGCAGCUGUUACACUGCCUGGUUCGGUCUUGUAAUGACCACGCAGAUCUGAUCACCUCAGCCCGCAGCUGUUACACUGCCUGGUUCGGUCUCGCUGGCAGUUCCCUGUUUCUUUGUUCUCUUUGAUGUGGAUGGUGCCCUUGGCCAUCCGCAGUUUGUUGUUAAGAUAGGAUUUGUAAA